AUGGAUCUGGUGUUGAAUGAGUUAAAUUUGGUUCAAGUUUUGGAAAAGGCUAGUGAUCCUCGAGACACUGGAUCUAGCGAACCAAUUGUGGCAGAGGAACAGUUGAAGUUGUGGCAAGGUUUGCCUGGGUAUCAUUACUCUUUGCAAUCUGUGUAUCUUAAUUUAUCAUGGUCUUUGCAAGUUCGAUGGUUGGCAAUUAUUCAAUUUAAAAAUAGCACGGAUAAGUUUUGGAGGCCUACUAGGAUGAAUUGUAUUUCAAAGGAUGAGAAGAGUUCAAUAAGAGAUAGAUUGUUUCAUAUGGUGAACGAGGAGAAUAAUCAGCUUGCUAUUCAGAAUGCGCAUGCUACGGCCAAAAUAGCGAGGUUGGACUACCCACAGAACUGGCCAAAUAUGUUUGAAUAUUUUGAGAUCGCUUUGGCAGAUCAUCAAGUUUUACAGAAUGAUGUCAAGGUUUACAAUAUAUUGGUUCAUUUGAAUCAAAUUAUCAAGGUUAUAGCGCCUGCAAGAAUUGCCAGGUGUCGUCCUGCAAUGCAGAUCAAAAUGCCCUUGGUUUUUCCAUUGAUUGUUAGGGUUUAUUUGACUAAUUUUAAUAAAUGGACCUCUUCGAAUGUUUUGGAAAAGAAUGAACUGCCCAGCCUAAAAAUCUCUUAUUUGGCGCUGAAGGUGUUACGAAGGGCCAUUGUUGAUGUGUACGAAAGUCCACAUAAGGACCAAGCAGUUAUUGAAUUCAUGGAUAUAUCCCUUGGGCAUUUUAGUUCACUGCUUCUUAAUCAUGGAAGCUUCAAGACAUUUGACGAGUAUGAAAAAUUUAUUAAAUGUUACUGUAAACUAUAUUACAAUUUGGUUAAUGUUUCACCUUUCAGCUUUGUACUCCUUCCAAGCUCCUACAAUAUACUUGUAAAGACAACUAGUUUGUUAUUUGAUAGGGCUGUUGAUGUUUAUCAAGAGAACGCAGAAGUCACUAGUGAUUUUUGGGAGCAGUUGGCAAUUAGAGCAUUUGGAAUCCUAAGAGCUAUUGUUCAAUUAGUUCAAAAGAAAGGGGCCAUAUAUAUUAGGUCUCAAACUGAAAGAACCGAGGUUCGUGCGGCAAUUGCAAAGCUUUGCUCUCAGUUUUUGAACGAAGAAUUGUUAGCCAAGUUAAUGGAUCUUUUGAUAGAAUGGUAUUUGAAAAUGCGACCUGCUGAGCUAGAACAUUGGUAUUUGGAUCCGGAAGAUUGGAUCAACGAACAGAUAUCAUCUGGUUACGAAUAUCAAAUUAGGCCAUGUGCAGAAAAUUUCUUUCACCAUUUAAUGAAUUGUUUCUCUGAUUUUCUUUGUCCUUAUCUAUUAACUACCAUUGAGACAGAAUCUGGUAAGCUAUCUUCAUCUAUGGAUGAUUUUUUAAAGAAAGAUGCAAUGUUUGCCGCCUUCCAGCUGGCGUCUACAAAUUUAUCCAAACAUGUUGAUUUUGAUCGCUUGUUGGUGCAAAUAUUCCUUCCUGAAGCAGUUGCUAGGGAUUCUACUUCUGCCGAUAGAUUAAAAAUAAUAAGAAGAAGACUUGCUCUGAUUAUAAAUGACUGGUGUACUGUCAAGUGUUCAGCGGACAGUAAAGUACACUGUUACGACUUUUUUUUGGAAUUACUUACUAAUGAUUCAGACAAGGUGGUUCAACUAACUGUUGUUCAAUCUCUAAGAACAAUGGUGGGUGAUUGGGACUUUGAUAAAGACCAAUUUCAACCUUAUUUGGAUGAAUUUGUUACGACUCUUUUAAGGAAUAUUCUGCCUUCUACAAAAUACACUGAGACAAAGUUAUAUGUUCUAAACACGUUAAGCGACAUUGUUAUACAAAAUAAAGGUGUCAUCGGCAACAAACUGUUGAUGGAAAUUUUGCAAAUUGUUCCAGAAUUAUGGAAUGUUGUGGCCAAUGAUGACACCCAAUCAAUCCUAGCUAAUGCAUUAUUAAGGUUGUUGAGGUAUUUGCUGAUCUCACUAGGAGGUUAUUCACAUGCUGCUUGGUCAGCUGCAAUUCCAGCACUUGAAUUAUCGUGCAAUCCUAGUUCUUGCCAUUUCAGUUUAUUGUACGAAGAUGGUUAUGAAUUGUGGAGUGCCUUAUUACAAAAUUUCGACCCAAGUAUGGCCGCCUUGGAUAGUCGAUUAAUUGAUAUAGUAUGGUGUCUUGAAUACGGCGUACAAAAUCAAACAGAAUCAUUGCCAACAUUACUGGAAAUAGUAAAAAGUUACGUUUUGUUACUUCCCUCAGACCAAUAUUUGUCCAUUAAUGUAUUCAGUAGCAUUUUGAAGCAUGCAUCAUCAUAUUUGUUAAAGCUGAGAGAUGAUUGUUUUGAUAUUGUUCUGUCCAUUCUAGAUACCUUAACGCUAUUAAAUGAGGAAGAUUUAGGGGUUAGAUUAAUAAAGUAUUUCUUCGAAGCUGGGGUUUUUACUGCGCUCUUAAAUGCCAUAUUCAUUAAAGAUAAGUUAUCAUCCUUCCAGCAUGAUCAAAUAUGCCGACCCAUUUCCAGAAUAGCGUUUAUCAAUCCCACAGGCAUUCUGGAUGUUAUUAGAAACUAUCAUGAAUCCAUGACAACGCGGACCGAAAACGCACUUGUGGAAGAUUCCUUUCAGCAAUUCUGUAUUAACAGAGAGACGCCCUUAGACGAAGUAAUCAAGAUUUUCAUGUCUAGAUGGUCUUCGUGCCUCAAUAUAUUCCACGAUUCCAAGGUGACAAAAAUACACGCCUUGGGAACUUCAAGUAUGCUGAAGACAGGUCACAUUAGUAUCUUAACAGAAUUUUCUUCAAUUUGCAAUGCAUGGAUUGAGUUUAUGGAAGAAAUCAAUGAAGAUACAGUUGGAGAUUGUGAAAAAUAUCAUCUUACCGACUCCGAUCCUGAACUCCAAGGUUACACAAUUGAACAAUUGAGAUAUAACGAACUCUAUAGAACCAGAGAUCCUGUACAUCACGUCAAUUCCAAGAAGUUUUUUCAAGAUAUCCUGUACACUUUGCAGAAGGAAUUGGGUUCCCAGUACCCGGCUUUCUUGAAAACAGUGGACAGUGUAAUAUUAUCUAACUUGGAGAUAUUCUUAUCCAUCAGUCCACAGAAAUCGUAG